UGCUAUUGUUUGAUCCAUUUAUUUAUAUAUUUCCAACUGAAAUAUUUGUUAAAUAGGUGAUUUGUUGGGCGGCAGAUUGGAUUUGUAAUACCUUUUAUGCUCUACGCAUUGUUAUUGUAAUCAUUAAAAAGUAUGCAAAUUUUUGGGUUAUUGUUAUUAUGAUUGUAUGUUUAACAAUGCUUGGUGGCUUAAUGCGUGUUGCAUAUGUUUACGAAGUGGUAAAUGCUUUAUUUAGCCUGAGAAGCCAAACAGAAGAGGACUGUCACUUUGGUGUGACAUUCAAUUUACUGCUCGCUCAUCCCAGCGCAUCAACCAAAUAACCUAACAAAUGGAAAAUGUUUAAGUAUUCAUAUAUUUAAUGAAUAUUGGCGACUAUGUUGGUGAUUAGUAUAAAAAGCAAGAAGUGGCUGCGGUUGAUCAACAGUCAAACUCGAGUGGUCUUUACCUUAAGACAACAAUUCACCUAACCUAACUUAGCAUCAAUUUAAGCAUCACUAUGAAGAUCUUUGUGCCUCUUUCGCUGGCAUUGGCAACACUGGCAUCCGCCGACAUUUCUCUACAUAACGGCUACAAUAACAAUAAUCAAUGGCAGCAUCCACCCUACAACCCUGGUUUCCAACAACCGCUAAUCAUGCACUUGCUGCAACAACAAAUGCCAGGCAGUAUUGGCAAUCCGAUGCAAAUCACCCAGCCGAGUCAGCAAUAUUUACCCAUGCUACAACAACAAAGGCAACCAUUAACCGCACUGCAGCCAUUGUAUCCCGUGCCACCACAAAAGCUUGCACCCCUACCCAUGCCAGCCAAUUUCCCUGCACCAGCUGGCUUCCGAUUGCCACUCGCACCAAUUAGUAUCGCCAAACAACAACGCCGUUCACGUCAACGUGUCAAGGUCGCUAAGAAACCUAUAGUGACUAAAAGUUUCUUCAUACACACAGCACCUGAAGAUAACGAAGAUGAGUUACGCGAAGAAUUGAACCAUUUAGCCGCACAACCACGCAAACAUUACAAUGUUCUAUUUGUGAAAACACCAGCACAGACCAGCAAGGUUGCUGCUGUAAAUCUGGCCAAGGCACUCAAAGAGGAGAAAACUGUUGUCUAUGUGCUGGCGAAGAAGACUUCUGCUACCGAUUUACAAGAGGCCAUUCAGGAGGAACCGCAGCAGAUUAACAAACCCGAAGUGUUCUUCAUCAAGUAUCGCACACCUGAGGAAGCCGCCAAUGCACAGCGUCAAAUUCAAUCGCAAUAUGACAGUUUAGGCGGCACUUCCACCAUUACCGAUGAGGGUUUAGCGCCGGUAACUUCAGUUGUGGGUUCGCUCGAUGCGCCAGAGGAGGAAGAGGACGAAGAAGAGCAACAAUUGGGUCAGCAACCGUUGAUUCAGCAGCAGCAGGAUACGGCUGCGCAAUACGAGGAUCAACCUUCGAAUGCCAUCAAUCCGGCUGCCCCUCAGUACUUACCACCAGCGAAACAGUAAUAAAGAUCUCCAUUUUGUCAACGAAUGCUUAAUGUUAUUUUUUAUGAAUUUGUUGUUGCCUACCACUUAGUAUACGAAAAUAUUUACAGAGUUCAAGAAUCAGCAACAAUGCUCGAUUGUUAUUUUAGAUUUAAGUCAACAUAUGCAUUAGAUCAUUAAAUUAAAACUUUCAAACAAAAUACGCUCUUAUAUUACACAUUAAAUACAUACAUAAAAUAUGAAAAUGUUA